UAGGGAACUUGCCUCUGGAACCGGUUUUUUAUACCUGAUCGCGAAAACUAAAAGAACAUUAAAAGAAUAAACAUCAUAAACAAUAGUGCUUCUCGAACCAACAACGUGAUUCAAUCCGAACAAACAACGAUCCAAGCAGCCACCGGCUGCCCAAACUGUCAAUUUCUUUCCCAACCUCUCUCGGCUACCGGAAAUUUUGAACCCCGCAAAAUUAGCCGCAAACCACCCGUAUUUCUCGGUAAGCGUAUAAAUCCUGGCGGAAUUAAAUUGCUCCAAAUUGUAUGCUUUUCCCUGCUCGAUUGGGUCCUUCUCGCCGUGCUGGUCCUGCUGGUGCGUGGCAUCCGCAGAAUGAACGAUUAUCUGCAGAAUAUUUUGAACAACGACAUCUCCGAUUUGAAGAAGGAAUUUCCCCUGUUUGAAACGGCGGAUUCAAUCGAGGCGCAUCAAGCUCGGCAACAGCGGGCGCAUACCCAGCUCUGGCGUAGCAAUCCGGAUGAAGACUCGUCGGAGCUCACCGAAACAUCCAGUUCGCUUUCUAAAGCCUUAGUAACUGGCACCGGGGAAGGCAGAUCGACGGGUACCUUGGACGUGAUCCAACUGGAGCCGAUAUCGAUUGUGUCGGAGAAAAAGAACCCUCAAAUCGUGAACGUCAAGCAAACCUUCCGUUUCCCGAACAACUUCAUCACCAAGAAGAAUUCCUUCCACGGGUGCGGCAACACAAGUCGACGCCCUGUAGUUCCCCGCAAUAUGUACAGUCAGACAAGUAAAACUAUCGUUGAGCUUUACGACGCGCAAAAGCGUGAAAAUGAAGUCCGCCAAAUUCUGACUCCGCACCGUUCCGAAGGCUCCGAAAGCGAACUUUCCUUGGACGAACGUAGCAACCCGGUUCGUAGCUGUCGUAACGCUUCCUACACCGUUGUGAACGAUUCAUCCAAGAAGCCUCACCAUAAAUCGAACGCUAGACCUGUAGACAUGGUGAUGAUCAAACCGAAAAGUCAUCGAACUGUCGCGCCUACUACGCCGUACUUUGCAACGAAAAAGAAACGUCCCCCUUCAAAGCGGAAAUACACUCGGAGCAUCCGCUCACGUGAUCGUUUCUCUCUACCUGCUGUAAAGUCUCCGAAGCGCAAGGCCAGAUUUCCUUCGUCCAAAGCGGAGGUCAUGAGCGAUGAGCUUAAGGCCGAUAAGGUCACGUACGAAGAUGACUCCCUCAACACAACCUCCGAGAGCAGUAACCCAUCGAACGACUCCUUAGGCGACGACUGCUCCACAUUCGGAGAGUUUCAAAUCACCAAACUCAUCGAUAAACUUCAGGAUCACGUGUGGGAAGUCAGCCUGCAGGGAAUCCGCGAACUUAUGGACACCGCCAACCAAAUCGAUUGGAAGAAGCACGAAAAGCACAUGACCAUCAUCAAUCGGAAAAUGAUCGACUUCCUGAAGAGUCCCCGAUCGUCUCUGUGUCGUUCGGCUUGUCAAGCAGCCGGAGAGUUGUUCCGGGAGGCAAAGUCCACCAAACGGCCGGAGUUUGACGAGAUCGUUGAUAUUUUGCUGUGCAAAACGGCCGAUCCCAAUCGGUUCAUUCAGAAGGAUGCCAACGUGGCGCUGGACAAACUGGUGACGUACAUUCCGAUUUCACACUCGGUGCGGGCGCUGUCCGCGAGGGGUCCCAUACACAAGAAUCCCUUGGUCCGUACCGCUACUGCCAGGUUGCUGGUUUGUAUCUGCGCACUGUCCGGAUUGGAUGCCAUUCUUGGGACGAAUGCAAACCCGAGAACGCGUAAAGCUAUUCUCAGCAUGCUGGCCAAGUUUUUGACCGAUAAGAAUCUUGAAACGAGGAAAUUCGGUGAACGUAUGUACAAGAUGCUGCGGAAGCACAAGUUCUUCAACGAGUACUUCUACAAGGAUAUGGACAGCAACUGUAAGAAUAAUCUGAAACGGAUGUUGAAGGGUAUUUAGUCGAGAUCUGGGGCACUAGGAGUAAUAUUUAUUGUUAGCUUUUACAAUUGCUUGGUAUUAAAAAUUAUGUGAAUGUGAUUGAUUCUCUAACUUCAUCCA